AUGGGGCCGUCUCGCGACUACAAUGUACCACAGCAGCAGGCGCCGGGCUAUUACGAGGAAGAUGCACCGCCACCGUACAGCAACAUGCAGCCGCGGCAGCCGCAGUGGUCUGCCGGCGUCACCAUGAUCCGCAGCCUCAUAUCCCAGCUUCUCAGUAGAGUUCCUGAUGGAAGCAUACCCAUGACAAGUCUGACACUCGAGGACAUCCGCUCAGGCAGCAUUCAUGUCUUAUGCAACCUGUUCUCCCGUCUCUUGCAGCUUCUUCCUGAUAACGCUAUCGUCUGGUGCUUGGUGGAUGGCGUUGAUAACUAUGAGCAAGCCGGACUUUGGAACGGCGCGGGUCAGGUCUUGGAGCGGCUUGCGCGGCUUUCGGGCCCUUUCAACCACAGCCCCCGGCCGGGAGCCUCUGUCCGUUUGCUACUUACGACUUCGACGCUCACGUCAUACACAUCGACAUGGCUUCAGCGACAGGAGAUGGUUUGGCUGGAGGAGACGGGUUGGGAGCACAGGGAAGCCGAUAUGAUAUCACUUGGCCGCGGUCUAGCAAACCAAAUUAAUCAGGCGCAUGGAUCCAAAUACAAUUUGGCUCAUGCCAUGCUGCCUCGGUCCCUCGGGCAAGUUGCAAGGUGGACUGUUUCACUCGCAGCCACUUGUCACUUAUUAUUCAUACUCUCAGUGGAUGCUCCAACACCACUGUUACUGAUUCAACCUCGACGUAGCUACUAUAAAACCCAGCAUCUGUUAGGUAUUACGUUCGUGAAAGCGAGUUUUACAAAGACAAAAAAAACUGUCUGCAAAUCUCUUGUUAUCUCCUUGCAUCACCUUACUUACGGUCACAGUACAGGAAUCGUAGCCAUCGACGACCAAGACCCAUCAACCGUCUUGCCCAGGACCAGCCAGCAUUCUUGUCAUUCCUCAAACUGCGGCCAACCUUUUCUUUGGCCCAAGUUUCCUACGAAGAAAUCGAGCGUCCCAUCGUUAGUUUACAUCCUGUCGCCACAGCCUCAGGAUCGCACUUACCUACGCCUUCGAGGUCGUGUCGUCGCGCCCAAAAUGCGACCUCCACAGGGGCCCCGGGGCCAAGAUGGCCCCGUAAUUUACUCCAUCCCACACAUCGCCAGCUGCAUCGGCGGGCCCGACAUCCUCCCCGACGUGCAACGUCUCACAGAGAGCCGCGAGACUGCCAUGACGGGCCCUGAGCGGGCACAUGCCGAACAGCUGGUGAGAAAAUACCAAUUCCGGCAGUGGCUCGAAAGCCCGACAUCAUCCCAGCUCGUUGUCCACGGCAACUACAGGCCAGGGGGCUCCGCGUCGGGGCUAUCCUUCGUCUGCCUGUCCCUCGCCAACAAGCUCUCGGAAUACGGCAACCAUUUCAUCCCGCUGAUGUUCUUCUGCGGCAUGAACAAGGACGACGACGGUGGUGUCCGCACCGGGGGCCGCGCGCUGAUCAGGAGCUUCAUCUACCAGCUCUUGGGGCACGCGUGCUUCCGUGGUAGCCCGGGUGUCGCCCUGAGCCCUCAGACGCUAGACCGCGUCCGAAACGGCGACAUUGAGGCCCUCACCGGGCUGUUCUCACAUCUGGUGUCCCUUACACCCCCUCAGACCACGGUCUGUUGCCUGGUGGAUGGUGCGCUCUACUAUGAGCGCGAUGAGUUUUGGGACGGGUUCGUUCGGGCAUUGAGGCCGCUUCUGCAGCUGUCGGGACAGACACGAGCAACGCAUACCCCCCUCAAGCUGCUUAUCACGAGCCCGACGCCCACCUCAUAUGUCCGGGAUUUCUUCCCAGGUGACGUGGUCUUGUCCAUGGCGGGGAUCGGUAGGGCGGGCGUGGUGCCUAGUACCCAGAGACUUGAGAGGGAACUGGCUCUUGCGAUUCAAUAUGCGCUGGAAGUUCGACUUGAACAGGAGCAAGGGCUAAUUGCGGCGGCGUCUGGUUCGGGGAGUGCGCGAUCGGCUCGACUUGAAGGUUGA